AUGGCGCUCACUGGGGCCACAGCGGUCUGCCGCGAUGACGCAGCGGAUCCCCGGCUUCUGGGCCGGCGCAGCGUCAGCGGCAAAAAACAAUUCGAGCAGAAGUUCCGCCUCGAGGCAUCGUUUUCUGCAGCUUCCGAGCUGGCGCAAGAAGGGCGGAAGGCUGCCGGGAGCGGGAAGGUGGAGGAAGCGGUGCAGGCCGGCUGGGCCACCUUGGUUCAGACGGUGAAAGUCCGGGAGACCAAAAGCAGGGACUCGAAGGUGGUCGGUCUCUUGCCCGAGGGUCGUCGUGUCAAGGUCUCCAAGGUUUGUUCCAAGUCCGCCCAGCUCGAAGAGCCAGUGGUGGGCUGGAUAACACUGUGCAAGGGGGGUGCCGUACUUCGGCAAGACCCAGCCCAGAAGCAGCCGGAGAGCUCGGCGACCAUGUGGGCCGUUGCCAACGUGAUGGCCCGGUAUGGGGCCACGCCAACGCUGGCGAGUGCCACGCCGGGUAGCAGCACAGACGUGCAGGAAUUGGAGUUGGAGACAGAUGCCGCGGUUGCCGUGACGGUCCAGGCAGUCGAGACGCCAGCUUCUGAGAAGCCUUUCCAUUUCUUGCCGUCGGUAGCGACCUGGCUCUCCGCGGCUGGUGCACCCCAAACAGGACUGCUGCCAUCUACACGGAGGGCGACCUCCAACACAGACAUGGCUCCUGCAUCGUUUGCCGUGGAUUUUUUCGUAGACCACGCGGUCGUGGAACCCAAAGCAGAGGCGCAAGAAAUCAUCGACCAGGUUGCCGUGACGCCAUUCCGGCAGUUGCCAUCCGUUGGCACCUGGCUCUCUGCGUUCACCCCGCGGAACAUCAGCGAAGA